AUGCCAAAAGAGGCAGAACCCACUGUUGUUGCUGUCGUCAAGCCAAAAGAGGUUGAACCCACUGUUGCUACUGUUGUUAAGUCUAAGCCAAAAGAGGUUGGACCUGCUGUUCCCGCUAUCGUUGAGCCAUUGCUUUCCAGCAGCAUUUCUGCAUAUGGACUUGAUUAUGAAUACAAAGCCAUCAAUCUGUUCAAACGAGAGCAGCACAGUCCUGCAUUACUCAAUCCCUCAAUAUCAUACAACACAACUUUAAAGACAACCUUCGGCGGAGAAACGAUAUGGUGGCACGUGCCACCGGUGGCACGUGCCACCCAUGGCACCUAUGUUGGGUCAUCGGAGCGUAAAAAAAGUGUGGAUUACGCUUUAGAGAGCAUCCGUAACAUCAGGGAAGCCCUGUCGGGGCUAUGGGAAUCGGUGAUGAAGUCGAAGGAUGUUUGCGAUUCGCAGAAGAUUGCAAUCGAGACUACUGUGAAAGCUUAG